AUGGAGAACUUAAAAAUAAGUGAUAAACUGUUUGAGGAUGUGAUAUAUUUCGUGCUUGGAAACCUGGAUGAAGAGAUUGAAAGAUUCCUGAAAAGUGGUGGCGCCCAGUCGAAACUUUACCUCUCGGACAAGAUCACACAUCUGAUAUGUGCCACCAACUACUCAGAGGAGGAGCUGUCGAUGAACCUGGAGCUAUACAGUGUGAUUCCCGUCACCGAGCAAUGGAUCCUGCACAGUGCAAAACUGGGCCGCAUGGCCUCUACCCGCGCCUUCGAUCCGAGUCCACAUCAGCUGCGUCUGAUGCGCGGCAUCCGAGCGGCCAUCACCAACGUUGUGGCCAGCGAUCGGAGGCGCCUUUACGCGAUGCUCACAUACCACGGUGCCGUUGUCACCCACAGCUUUGGGGCCACCAAUACGCAUCUGGUAUGCGGGGCCGCCAACGGCGGUAUCUACAACAAAGCGCUGGCGCUUCCUAAAAAUGCCAUAAUCAUUGUGACACCAGACUGGGUGACGGACUGCCUCAAGUGCAAGAGCUGCCUGGCAUCGGAGCCGUAUCAUCCCAGGCUGCUGAAGCCUAUUGAAAAACAGCGGGCCCAGAAGCAGCAGCAGCAUCAACAACAAUUGCAGCAGCAACAGUUGCAACAACAACAGCAACUGCAGCAGCAGCAGCAGCAGCAGCAGCAGCAUCAACAACAGUUGCAGCAGCAACAGUUGCAACAACAACAACAGCAGUCUGCCCCACCAUCCACUCUCUCGGACAUCUUGGGCUUCGGCGAGGACAGUGCAGCGGCCAAGAGCAUAGCCAGCAUAAAGUCGCAGCUGCAGGCCUCGGCGGAACAAAUCCAACAGCAGCAUCAGCAGCUACCUGUGCCACCCGCCCAGCAACAGGUGGUGUUUGUUCGUCCCCAGCCGCAGCUUCAAAGCCAGCAACAGCAACAACAAAUGCAACAUCAGCUGCAACAACAACAGCAGCAGCAGCAGCAAGGGGUUUCUCAAGCGCCUCCUCCACCGCACCCGCAACAGCCACAACAAUUGAUAAUACAACAGCAAAAGAUAAUCCCCGCCAAUCUUCAGCAGCAACAACAGAAUCAGCAGCAGAUCAAGAAUAUACUGCAGCAGCAAAGACAAAUCAAGAGCUCGCAGCAACACUCUCAGCAGCAACAACAACAGAUCCAAAUGAUGCAGCAACAGCAGCAGCAGCAUAUUCAGCAAGAGCAACAACAGUCGCCCAGACUCCCCACAACCCCCACUACGGGGCGACAAACACCACGCACGCCGACAACAACGCCGCCCGUGCAAUCGCCCCAACAACACCAGCAACAGAUAGUGCAGCAGCAGCAAGUGGUUCAACAGCAGCAACAAGUGGUUCAACAACAACAACAAGUGGUUCAACAACAGCAAAUUGUUCAACAACAAUCAGUGCCUGUUUCCCCCCAAAUCCUACACCAACACUUGAUGCGACAACAGCAGAUAUUGGGCCAGCAACAAAUGCACUUGCAGCAAAUCGUUCAAAGCGGCCAAGCACUCAGUGCCCAGCAGCAGCAGCAGCAGAGGCAGAUUCAACAGCAACAGCAACAAAUACUGCAGCAACUACAGCAAUUGCAGAUGCAAAUUCAACAGCAGCAGCAGCAACAGCAACAGCAGCAAAAUCUUCAACAGCAGCAACAGUCCCCACGGAUGGUACAAAAUAGGUCGCCCGUAAUGCCACCGAACACGCCCUCUCCUUCGUUGCAACAGCAGCAACAUCAUGCCACCAGCAACAUGCUGCCACCUCAGUCUCCGCGCCAGCUUCAAUCGCCAGCACCGCAAAUGACUCCUCCGCCACCUCCUUCGCCACAGAGUGCCCAGCAGCAACAGCUCCUGCGACAGCAGCAGCAGCAACAGCUCCAACAGAGUCGCCAACAACACAUGAUGGGCUCCCCGCAGCAGCCACAACCGCCAUCAAUGAUGUCUCCGCAGCAACAGCAGCAGCAACAACAACAAAUGCCCUUCCAGCAGCCCGUUCACCAGCAACAACGCAUGCAAUUGCAGCAGCAACAACAAUUGGCCCAACAACAACAACAGCAGCAGCAAAGUCCGCAGCACAUCUCAGCCCCUCAGAGUCCGCAGAUAUCGCAGACACCGCCAAUGCAAAGCAAGCAGCAUCAGCAUCCGGCAGUGGGGGGACAGCCGCAACACCAACAGCAGCAAUCGUUCUCCCAGCAGCCCAUCGAUCCAACAGAUCCCGUUCAGGUGGCCCAAGUGCUUAGUCGCUCUGCGCUGAGCAGCAAUCAGGACUCUUUGAUCAUGCGUCAGCAGCAGUUGAAGCAACAGCAGUUACAGCAGCAGCAACAAAUGGCACCGCAGCCCCAGCCGCAGCCGCCCCAACAACCACAACAACAACCCCAACACACGCCAUCGCCGCGACAAUCGCCCUUGCAGCAUCAACAGUCACAGCCAACGACACCCGCGAUACAGCAACAACAAACAUCUCCAGUAUGUCUUAUAUUUGUAUAAAGGACUACUAAUAAAAAACGAUUCUGCUUUCAGCCAAUGCAACAGCAACAGCAACAACAGUCAAUGGCACCGCAACAACCAGCACCUGGACAGCAGCAAGUCAUCACGCAACGACAUGUAAUCAAUACAUCCACGGCGCAAGGGCAACAAAUCAUACAGAGCCACAUGAUGAAUCUUCAGCAGAAACAGCAGCAAAUGUUACAUGUUCAACAGCAACAACAAAUAACACAGCAGCAACAGCAGCAGCUUCCACCGCAGCAACAACCUCAGCAGCAGCAGCAGCUUCCACCGCAGCCUCAGCCGCAACAGCAACAAGUUCAGUUCACACAACAGCAACAGAUUGCCCUGGGAGCUGGUGGACAGGUACGGAUCAUUCAGCAAACGAUUCAACGACCACAGCAACAGCAGCAAGUUCCCCAACAGCAACAACAGCAGCAGCAGAUCCUUGGACAAUUUCCGCAACAACAGCAGUCACAGACCCAACCGCAGCAGCAGCAACAACAACAACAACCACCACAGCCAAUGCAACCUCAGGGAAAAACUUUCAUUAUCAGCCAUCAGCACUUCAAUCAAUUAAGCGCGCAGCAGCAGCAACAGAUUAUGGCGCAAAAUCAGCAGAAUCAAAAUGUGUUCCUUGUCAAUCAACCUAGUAUCUCGCAGCAGCAACAGCAACAACAACAACAACAGCAGCAGCAGCUCGUUCAGCAGCAGCAAAUGCUGCAACAGCAGCGCAUGCAAAUGCAACCCCAGCCACAACAAAUCGUUGUCAACCAACAAAUUUUAAGCGAUCCGCAGCGCUUACAGUACCUUCAACAACAACAAUUGAUGCAGCAAAAGCAACAACAGCAGCAACAGCAACAGCAACAACAACAACAGCCGCAGCUUGUGGGAGCAACACAACAACAGCAAAUACAUAUUCAGCAACAACAACAACAGCAGCAGGCGCCGCAACAGCAACAACAAAUCCUGCAACAGAAGCUCCCAAUCGAUCCCCAGCAGCAACAGCAGCAGCAGCAGCAAAUCAUGCAACAAGUACUAAUAAAACAACAACAGCUGCCCCAACGAACACCCCCUCCGCAACAACAGCAGCAACAACAGCAAUUGCUGCUGCAACAACAAUCACCCCAACACCAUGCACAAAUGCAGCAAUCAGCGCAUUGGUCUCCGCAGAGCCCUGCCUCGGGCCAGAUGGCACCAACUACACCCGGCACGCCCACCAGCAGUGUUGGAAUGCAGUCACCGCUACCCGGCGGACCGCCAACACCCCAGCAGCACCAACAGCCACCGCAGCAGUUUGCACCGCGUGGACUGCGGCCGCAAACAUCUUGGCCAGGACAGCAACAUCAGCAGCCUCAAGCUCCGCAGCAACAACAGCAACUUGUGUUGCCGCCACCCCAACAACAACAACAGGCACCACAACAACAACAGCAGAUUGUAUUGCAACAGCCGCAACAACAGAAAAUAGUUCUGGAUGAAAAAACGCAUGCACAUUUCAUGUCUCUGGACGCGCACAAACGAGCCGAGUACAUUGCGAAGCUGAAUCAGCAGAACAAGCCCAGGGUAAUGCUGCGCCAGCAAGUGGCCUAUCAGCCACGUCCCGGCACUCCAGGAGUAGUCGCCACGCGACCUUCUGGUCCAGUUCCCCCGGGCCACAUAAUUGUCCAGAGUCAAAUGCCACCGGGACUCACACAGCAGCAACAAAUGCUCUGGCUGCAACAGCAGGGCACACGUCAGGUGGUGGUGCGAGCCGGGGGUACUCCCGGUCUGAGUCCCAUUCCCAUUCAGCAGCAGCAGCAGCCAGGCGUCGGACCUCCGCAACAGCAACAGCCACCGCAACAGCCCUUCAACCCCAACGACCCUAACCAGCAAAUGUUGCUGCAGAGACAACAGCUUCGGGUCCAGCAGAUACCCAUCCAGCAGCAGCAGGCGCCCCCGCAGAUGGGCAAGCAGACGGUUCAACUCAUCACCGGACCGAAUGGGCAGCUGAUUGAGCAGCAAACGAUCGUCCAACAGCAGCAACAGGCUACCACACCAGGCACACCCAAUCCGCAGGGUGGCGUUGGCAGUAGCGUGGUCGCAGGUCCCCCCGGAAGCGGGAACAUUAUGACGCAAACGCUGGUUAUGACAACAGCUCCAGAUGGACAGCUGCAGCAAACGCCACAGCAAAUGAACCUGAAGACAAAGACUGCGUUGGCUAAUAUGCUAAGUAAUCGCCUGGGCAAUAAUGGUGUGCAACCGCAACAGCAGCAACUGAUCCAAAUGGCUGAUGGUCAGACACAGCAGCAGCAAGCUCCCCAGCAACAGCAAAUUGUCCAGCAGGUGGUGGUGACUGGGGCAACACAACAGCAGCAACAGCAAUUGCUGUUACAGCAACAACAGCAGCAGCAGCAACAGCAGCAACAACAACAGAUGGUGGCACAGCAGCAAUUGGCACCACAGCAGCAUGUUGAGACUCCGUCUGCUGCCGGCGCACUCCGGAUGAUGGGCCAGCAGCAUAAUGCAGCAGCAGUGGGAGUGGCUGGUCCACCCAGAACCCAACAGGAGUUGCUCAUGCUUCAGCAGCAACAGCAGCAGCAGCAGCAACAAAUGCUUCAGCAGCAGCAAAUGCGGAGAGUGGUUGGCGUUCCCCAGCAACAGCAGCAACAGGUUCCGCAGCAGCAUCUCGUCCAGCAGCAAAUUGUUGUGGCUUCUUCACCCUCGCCACAACAACAGCAACAACAGAUGCCCGUGGGAGUGGGCGGCGUGCCGGUGCAGCGUCCACCGCAUGGUUAUAUCCAGACACGCCCCGGACAGCCGCCGAUCCCGAUGCCGCAGUUCUACGGCCACAAUCCGAAUCUCAAGCUGCCCGUCGAUCUCUUUCUGGUGGGCUGCACCUUCUUUAUUGUGGAAUACGACGAAACGGACAGUGACGAGCUGCCCAUAUGGCUGGACACUAUUCGACAGUUCGGCGGGGACAUUGAACGCGUCUACUGCCCCAGAGUGACGCAUGUCAUCUGCCGCACCCAGAGACACGGCGUAGUGAUGCAGGCUUUACGAGAUGCCAAGCGCUGUGUGACCGCCUACUGGCUGAGCGACAUUUGCCUGAAGCGGCAGCUGAUGCCUCCUUGGCAGCCGCUCCAUUUGCCCUUCCCCAGUCAGUUUGGCUAUCGCAAGCCGCUGGAGCGGUACAUUAUCACCUCUGAGGGAUUCGAGGGCGAGGAGAUGGUGAGACUGCAGCAGAUGGCUGAGGAGUGCGGGGCCAUCUACACCUCGUACCUCUCCAAGGUGAACACUGUGGUCGUUUGCAAGCAGCUCGAAGGCAAUAAGUUCAAUGCGGCCAAGGAGUGGAACAUUCCCAUGGUCAAUGCCCUGUGGCUCAGUGAUGUCUGCAUCGGCAAUCUGAGCGGCCUCUCCCAGUACGACAAUCCAAAGUACCAGCAGUACAAUCUCGUGGCUCCGUUUCGCAUCGAAUGCAACUUGGUUGCCCAUCUGCUAACUGCCUGGAAGGCGCCCAUCAAUUUAACUCAGGAGGCUCACGAGCGCGUUAAGCGUCAUUUAUCCGAUCCCUAUGGCAAUGAACAGAAACUGAAGCGCCAGAAGAUGAACUCUUUCCAGCAGGAGCAGCUGCCCGAACAGAUUGUCUGCCUAGAAUACCCCACAACCACCAAACCCCCGAAGGUGAUAUUCUCUCAGGUCGCUGAUGCUGAAGCCCUCAAAAAGGCUGUGGUAAUCUUGGGUGGAAUUGUUGUGGACAGCCCUGCAGAUGCCACUCACCUGGUGAUGACACGCGAGAGUCGCACCUGCAAACUGAUUCAGGCCUGCUGCCAUGUGGACUAUGUGCUAAAGUCGAGUUGGAUCGUGGAGAGCGCCAAGGCGGGUCGAUUUGUGCCAACUGAUCCGUAUCGUAUACAGCACAUACCAGUCGACGAGAACCUACAGUUCAAUCUGGACACGGUUUUGUGUGCCCCCACGCGCUCCACGCUGUUCGCUGGCAGAUGUUUCCACGUGACACCGGAUGUGUUUCCGGCCCGCGAAGAAAUCAUUCGCAUGAUUGAAUCGUCUGGUGGAAAGGUUGAACCAAAGCGACGCAGCGGUGCCGCUGUAGUUGAAUCCCAUGUUCAGUCGCCCGACUCGUACAUCAUUGUUACCUGCCCCACGGACAUGCAUCUGUGCGCGGAUUUGACGAGGCACGGCAACCCCAAAUGUCACAUUGUCUCCACCGAGUUCGUGAUGAGCUCAAUUCUGAAACAGCAGCUGGAAAUCGAGCCCAAUCUGAUACCUUACUUGUACAAUAACAACAAUGCCAACAGCUGUAACAACAACAAGUCCUAGCAUCGUCGAGUGUUCUGGUUGUUGUAUUAGUGCUAAAACAAAGUAAGUAUCAGGUUUCAGGAUAUAGGUGUAUAAAAUUUAGAAGUUGCAAGUUGUUAAAUAAGUAUAUAAGAGAAGAGAGAGAGAGAGCAUCCAUGUGAGCCACCCCAUCAAAAUAACAUUUGCUGACUAGACUGAUGAUGCAAUUUAUUCGGAACCUGCCUGAGGCCCUGCCCAAUUUCUUAUGAUAUAUACCAUACCAAUAGGAAUCUAGUCGACUGAACUCGUCAACUCAGAGGGCCAUGCAAGAUGGGUUGCACAGCUACAUAUCGUUUAAAUUUCACACCCUUUAUGUACGGAAUCAUUUUUCUAACAUCUCAUCUUAUCUUAUACACAGUAAUUCAUUUUUUUCUUUGGCGUAAGCUGACAUUUUUUUGACAACCAUUUGAAUUAUACGAGUAUAUACGGCAUACGCCAGUAUAACCCUACUCUGAAUUUUUAUUUCUUGAACUUCAAACUCCCUAUGAAUUGUAUAUAAUUUACUUUAAUAGCAAUGAUUGCAAUGAUCUGUAUUUGUUUAUUUUUUUGGAUUAUAUUGAUAUACAUAACUCAGUUCUUGAUGAGAUGUCAUAACCGACCGAUAUGUGUAGGAAUUGUGAGGAUAGAAUGUAAGAAAAGAUCUACCUUAAUUAGCCUAAAGAAGAGUUAUAUAAAAGAAAUCAAUCAAUAUAUUUUUCUGAGGGUUCUUGAACCAGCUAGCUGUAAAAAGUCACACAAAUAUACAUACAAUACAUAUAUAUUUCCCUAGAGUAUACGAAAAUGUUUCACAGAAAUUUAUAUAUUGCUGGCUAUUAGUAUUUUAAGUACUUUUCACUUAGUUAAAGCCAAUAUUUUCUAAACAAAUAAUAUACAAAUGAGAAUAUUCUUAGUUAGGCACUGUACGAAAUCAAUUAAAUAAAAACAA